UUCAACAUGUGUAGUUUGCAAAUAGGAGUUAAUUAGAAAAAUAAACGUUUAAGUCAAAGUCAACCUUUUCUAUACCUUCACUCUCCCUGCUUAAUCACAAGAGCAAAAAAAAUCAUCUGAUCGUUUCGAUCGCAUUUUUUUCCGGUUAAAUUUCUCCGACCAUGACCGGAGCAAGCCGUCGGAGCGCGCGUGGUCGGAUCAAAUCAUCAUCUACCGGCACCGACGAAGGCGGCGAUUCGCUUCGUUAUUCCCCGAUUACCCGCCGAGGCAGAGCCAAGGAGCUUGUGUCGAUCGGUGCUUUCAAGGCGAAUCUCAAGAUUUUGAUUGGGCUAAUUAUUCUGGGGAUUGUAGUCAUCUACUUGCUAAUCAAUCGGUUGUUUGAUGAGUCCCAGAACCCUAGGGUUAUCACUCCUUUUCCUGCUCCCAAACUCAUGGAUUUGUCUAUGUUCCAGGGCGAGCACAAGGAGAGCUUGUACUGGGGAACUUAUCGUCCUCAUGUUUAUUUUGGAGUUCGUGCAAGGACUCCACUGUCCCUGGUAGCUGGCUUGAUGUGGCUUGGUGUCAAAGACGAGAUGUAUGUUAUGCGGCAUUUCUGUGAAAACUCCGAUGAUCUUAGCUCAUUUGGCUGGAGAGAACACAAUGGACGGGAUUUCGGGCGGCAAGAGCUUGUUGAAAACGAUAUGAUAUUGGAGACAAGUUUUGUCAAGUCAAACGAGGACAGCCUUGGUUAUGGAGGGGAUUGGGCAGUUCGGAUUGAUGUAAAAGAUAAAGGGUCGAAUGGUGAUGCAAAGAGAAGCGCACAUCUCUUCUUUUAUUUAGCUGAUGAAGGUGGCAAUGUUCUAAAUUUAGGCCAUGAUAAUUUAGAUUUUCAAGGGAGCUCUCUCCUGGUUUCGGGUUCACGUGAAGAUGUAGGAGACUGGCAGAUACACUUAAAAUCACAGAAUCAGCUUGAGACACAUUAUUCCGGUUUCAAGACGCCUCACAUCUAUAAUCUGUCUGAUUUAGUUCAGCGAAAUCUCGCUCUACAGGCUAGGAAAUUUGGACGACUUCAGCUCUCUGACACGUCAGAGGAUUCUUCUAACAUUUACGUCUUUCAGAUUUCUGGGAGGCUUCCAUUUACGAUAGAUAUUCCCUUCGUCUCCGGGAUCAGAGGAGAAAGUUCAAGCGUGGAAAAGCGUUUAACAAGUCUCACAGGCUUGCCACUCUCUGAUCUCCUUAUAAAGAAACAUAGGGAAUUUGAUGCAAGGUUUAAGGAAUGCUUCAACCUUUCUGAAAAGCAUGAUUCAGAAACAUUGGGUGUUGGCAAGACUGCAAUUGCAAACAUGCUUGGUGGCAUUGGUUACUUCUAUGGUCAAUCAAAAAUUUAUGUUCCUAAAAGCACAAAGCCUGAAAGUCGGGAUGAUUUCUUGCUAUAUUGGCCAGCCGAGCUGUACACCGCUGUUCCAAGCCGGCCCUUUUUUCCUCGGGGAUUUUUGUGGGACGAAGGUUUCCAUCAAUUGUUGAUCUGGCGCUGGGAUUUUCGUAUCACCUUGGAUAUUGUUGGACACUGGUUAGACCUAUUGAACAUAGAUGGAUGGAUCCCACGUGAGCAAAUUUUGGGUGCUGAAGCUCUGAGUAAGGUUCCAGAGGAGUUCGUAGUUCAGUACCCGAGUAAUGGCAAUCCACCAACACUAUUUUUGGUGAUACGUGAUCUAAUUGAUGGUAUAAGGACGGAAAAGUUUAUCGCUUCAGAAAGGGAUGAAAUAUUGUCAUUCCUUGAGCGGGCUUCUGUACGCUUAGAUGCAUGGUUUCAGUGGUUUAAUACUUCCCAGACAGGCAAGGAGAGCGGAAGCUACUUUUGGCAUGGCAGAGACAACACAACAACUCGAGAACUUAACCCUAAGACGCUUUCCUCGGGGCUGGAUGAUUAUCCCCGGGCUUCGCACCCAAGUGAAGAUGAGCGACACGUUGAUCUUAGAUGCUGGAUGUACCUCGCUGCAGAUUGCAUGCGUUCCAUCUCAGAGCUUUUAGGAAACGAAGUUAAAUUUUCAAAGGAGGAUUACAAUUCAACUGCCAAGCUCCUUUCAAAUUUCGAUCUUCUGAAUCAGAUACACUAUGAUAAGGACCAUGGGGCUUAUUUCGACUUUGGUAAUCAUACAGAGAAAGUUAAGUUGAUAUGGAAAGAGAUAAUUGCAGAAAAUGGGCACCUAUCUCGACAGCUUGUAAGGAAGACUUUUGGAAAGCCGAAGCUAACAUUAGUUCCUCAUGUGGGUUAUGUCAGCUUCUUUCCCUUCAUGUCUAGAAUCAUCCCAGCUGAAUCUCCAAUCCUCGAGAAACAGCUUGAUCUCAUUUCAAACAGGAGCAUCUUAUGGAGUGACUAUGGACUAGUUUCGCUUGCCAAAACCAGUUCAAUGUAUAUGAAACGUAACACUGAGCAUGAUGCACCAUACUGGAGAGGCCCUAUCUGGAUGAACAUGAACUACAUGAUUCUUUCGUCUCUGCAUCAUUACUCUAGAGUGGAUGGGCCAUACACCGAAAAGGCAAAAGAGAUUUACAAGGAACUAAGGAGCAAUUUGAUAAGGAACGUGGUUAGAAACUAUUAUCAGACAGGGUACAUCUGGGAACAAUAUGAUCAAGAUAAGGGAACAGGCAAAGGCACGCGUCUCUUCACCGGCUGGUCUGCGCUUACCUUGUUAAUAAUGUCCGAAGAGUAUCCUAUUUUUUGAAGCUCCUUUUCUCCAAACUCAUGCAAAAGUAACUUAAAACUAUAAACAUAUGUUAGUUAGAAGAUGAUCAGUUUUGAUGUAGAGCUAUCAGUUUUGAUGUAGAGCUUUUCAUAUUCCCU